GUACGACCGGAGGGCGGUAUUGAAGCAGAUGGUCGAAGGGAGCAUGGUCGGGAGAUGGAAGGUGAUGCGGUGGUCGACGACCAAACUGCAGUCCCAAGGAGAUCUUGUGUUCUUCACGUUGCGGAGGGAGAGUUGGUGGCCGGAGUUGAAGAAGGUGGUGGAGGUGAUGGAGUCGUUGUAUAACUUGCUUUGGAGGAUGGACAAGGAUAGGACUGCACCGUCAAACCUUGUGGAGUCCGACAAGCUCAUGAGGAGGAUGCUGGGGGAGUUCGUGCUUACCACGGAGCAGCGAGACACGGUGCUCGAGAAGUUCUUCGAGUUUUUGUCGGAGCUAGAGGCAGACGACGGUUCUACUUUGGAUGAGCCCGUGGAGGAGAAGGACAAGACGGAGGAGGAGCUGGUGCGAGAACUGGCCUUCACGAAGACCCCAAAGGGCCGGAUUCCGAAAUGCCUCGAACACGAGGACGAGGAGUUGGAGAAAAUGAAGAAGAGGGUUGGAGAGCGAGAAUCGCAGCCAGUGGGUGGUCAGGGCCGGCUGGAAGAGGACGAAGAGGACGCGUUGGGUCAGGGAGAGGAGGAGGCGGAACAGGAGAUUGGCCAGCCAGCGCAGCAAGAAGAAAACAUGGACACGCAAGAGAAGGAAGAAGAUGAUGGCAUGGACCAGCGAAAGGAGGAGAUGAACGAGGGUGACGGGGAGGACGUGGAACAGCAAGAAGAGGACCCGGAGGAGAGUGGGAGGGAGCAGCAGCAGGAAAUGAUAGAGACUAGCGACAUGGAGAUGGAGAAGAAUGCACCGACAACCGUGUACAAGCGUUGGAAGCGAACUGCGGAGGCAGCUGGGUCACCAGAGAAUUCCCCCGACUUCCCAGCCAACAAUGCGGAAGCCUAACACGACAACAUGUGGGUUAGCAGGGUUGGGAGGAAGAGGAAGGUGCCCCGCGAAGACGAACAGGCGAAGCCUAAGCUU